AUGGCUGAUGCACAGAAAUAUCAGAAGUUGGCCACUGAAUAUGCCAAGUUGAAAGCACAAAUCCCCGUUCUGAAGAAAGCUUAUUUAGAAGAGCAAGCAGUCUGCAAUGAAUUAAAAGAAAAACUUAAAGAAUGUGAGCAGUCCAUCAGGAAAUAUGAACAGGAAGUAGAUAGCCUGACAUUUCGAAACCAGCAGCUGUCAACUAGAGUUCUCUUUCUGCAAGAAGAACUUGACCAAGCAGAGACCAGCAAGAAGAAAUCCAAACACAAACACGAUGCAAGUCCAGUGAACCUACCAUCCCCCACUUCAGUGUAUAAUGAAGAACUGAUGAAUAAAAUACAGGAGAAUGAAAUGCUACAUAAACAGGUAGCAGAAAGUAACAUGCAAUAUCAGAGUAGGCUAGAAGAACUGGAGAAGUCAGUGAAGGACUAUGAGGGAAAAUUCAGUCAUCACCAGGAGGUGUUAGACUCCACCAUACAGAAAGACAAGGCCCAAAUAGACAAACUGCAGGAGGAAAAGGCCAUGCUAGAGAUCAAGUGCCAGUCACUGGAAAAAGAAACCAAAAGCUGCAGAUCACGAGCGGACAUUGCAGAGAACCAGCUGAAGACAGUACAGUGCCACCUACAGAAACAGUUAGAGCAGGCCAACAAAAUUAUCACAGACAAACUGCCCUUCAUUGACACAAAAAACAGAGAUCUGAAUGGCUUGAAUUUGCCGACACAUGAUAGAAGGCACCAGUUACAGGCACGGGAACUAGUCAGCCAGGCCACCAAUCACACAGCAGAGCUUGUUCAGGCUUUGUCCAAUUUCUACACCUACUCAGAGCAGCGGUCUAAAAUCUAUCCAGCUGAUGGAACUCAUGAGCCAUACAGCCCAGUCAAUAUACAGUACUGUAAAUACCUCCAUGAGAACAUGACCUACCUGAGACCGGUUGAACAGUCCCUGAAGCAUUUCCUGUCCACCCUGAAUGAGGACUCCCUGACCACUCUGGAAACUGCUACAGAGUUGCAGCCCUUUGCUGUCAAUUUCAAGAAAAUGGUUGCUUAUAUGAAUAAAUUAUUACCUUACCAACUCAGCAGUUUGGAGGAGGAGUGUGCUGUAUCGUCUUGCAGUGCCUCCCUCGAGUCCAAGAACAUGGAUCUUCAUGCCUCACUGAAGCACCUCACUGCUGUCUUUAACAAACUAGAUACAUAUGUUGGACUGUUAGCAGCUCAGAGUAAGUAG